AUGGCUCAGAGUAGAGUUGGGGAGCUUCCAGACCCCCUGAGCAGUGUUCCUGACUGUGAUGUGGUGGUCCGGGCCGGCUUGGAUCCAGUGCUGACUGCAGACCACCGGGUUCUGCUGAGUCUGCAGGCCCUGGAGAAAUCCUGUCCUGUGCACUCCUACUUUGGCACCAUUCAGACUGACAUAGAGCCCUACAUGAGGAGAAUUGUGGCUGUGUGGAUAUUCCAGGUGUGUGAGGAGCAGAAAUGUGAAGAAGAGGUGUUUCCUUUGGCAGUGCAUUUUAUGGACAGAUACCUGGGUCUUUUUCCAGUCAAAAAGUGCAGACUUCAGCUUUUGGGAGCUGCGUGCAUGUUCAUGGCCUCCAAAAUGAGAGAGACUGUCCCUUUAACAGCCAGCAACCUCCGCAUCUACACGGACAACUCUGUGUCUGUCUCGGAAAUCCUGCACUGGGAGGCAGUGGUCGUGUCCCGUUUGGACUGGGCCUUAGCCUCAGUCAUUCCUUCGGAUUUCCUGGAGCCAAUUCUUCUCACUCUUGCCUUCGUUCAGCCCCAACAUCUCUCCACCGUGCGCCGGCAUGUCCACGCCUACAUCUCUCUAGCAGUUAUUGAUGGCGCAUAUCUAGAUUUUCUUCCAUCCACUAUUGCCUGUGCGUGUGUGACUGUGGCUGUGGAGAAGAUGGACUUAGGUGUCUCCACUGAAGUCAUGAUGAAAUCUUUGGGGAACACUUUGACCACAGACCUUGCCUCAAUGGUUCGCUGCUUUGACCAUCUGAAGUACAUCUUAAGUCACAGCCUGCAAUGUGGAGCCAAUGUUAUUGAAUCUAAACAUGUGCCAUAG